GCUGAGUGGACACACAUAUACGAGCUCCAGGCAGACCAGCCGGGGCCACUCAUCCAGUGCUGCCCAAGAGCCAUGCUUGCCACCACACUCCUGACCCUGGCCCUGCUGGGCAGUGCCCACGCCUGCUCCGAUGGCACCUCGUAUGAAGCCGGCAUUGUAUGCCGCAUCACCAAGCCUGCUCUCCUAGUGUUGAACCAGGAGACUUCCAAGGUGAUCCAGACAGCCUUCCAGCGAGUCAACUACCCAGACAUCAAGGGCGAGAAGGCCAUGAUGAUCCUUGGCCAAGUCAACUAUGGACUGCACAACAUCCAGAUCAGCCACCUGUCCAUUGCCAGCAGCCAGGUGGAGCUGGUGGACGCCACGUCCAUUGAUGUCUCCAUUCAGAACGUGUCUGUGAUCUUCAAGGGGACCCUGAGCUAUGGCUACACAGGGGCCUGGGGAUUGAGCAUUAAUCAGUCUGUCGACUUCGAGAUCGACUCCGCCAUCGACCUCCAUAUCGACACACGGCUAACCUGUGACUCUGGCAGUGUGCGGACCAACGCCCCCAACUGCUACCUGGCCUUCCAUAAGCUGCGCCUGCAUCUCCAGGGAGAGCGCGAGCCUGGCUGGAUCGAGCAGCUGUUCACAAACUUCAUCUCCUUCACCCUGAAGCUGGUCCUGAAGGGACAGGUCUGCAAGGAGAUCAACGUCCUCUCCAACAUCAUGGCCGACUUUGUCCAGAGGAGGGCUGCCAACAUCCUCUCUGAUGGAGACAUCAAUGUGGACAUUUCCUUGACAAGGUCACCCGUCAUCACAGCCACCUACCUGGAGUCCCAUCACAAGGGUCAUUUCAUCUACAAGAACGUGUCCGAGGACCUGGCCCUGCCCACAUUCUCACCCAGUCUGCUGGGGGACUCCCGCAUGCUGUACUUCUGGUUUUCUGAGCAUGUCCUCGACUCCCUGGCUAAGGCUGCCUUUCAGGAUGGCCGCCUCGUGCUCAGCCUGACAGGGGACAAGUUCAAGGCAGUGCUGGAGACCUGGGGCUUCCACACCAACCAGGACAUCUUUCAGGAGCUUCUCAUGGGCUUGCCCCCAGGCCAGGCCCAAGUAACCGUCCACUGCCUCAAGAAGCCUACGGUCUCCUGCCAGAGCAAGGGUGUCGUGGUCAACUCUCCUGUGGUCGUGAAAUUCCUCUUCCCACGCCCAGGCAGGCAGCGUGUCGUGGCCUACACUUUUGAAGAGGAUGUCAUCACUACUGUCCAGGCCUCCUAUUCCAAGAAAAAGCUCUUCUUAAGACUCUUGGAUUUCCAGAUUAAGACAAACACUGUUUCCAACUUGAGUGAGAGCCGCUCCGAGUCCAUCCAGAACCUUCUGCAAUCGAUCAUCACCACAGUGGGCAUCCCCGAGGUCAUGUCUCGGCUCGAGGUGGUGUUCACAGCCUUCAUGAACAGCAAAGGCCUGGACCUCUUUGAAAUCAUCGACCCUGAGAUUAUCACUCAGGAUGGCUUCCUGCUGCUGCAGAUGGACUUCGGCUUCCCUGAGCACCUGCUGGUGGACUUCCUCCAGAGCUUGAGUUAGAUGCUUCCAAAGAGGUUGAGAUGGAGUUCAUACCAGAAGGCAUGAACCAGGCUCAUGGCCAGAACCCUGGGGUCUCCGUCCAUCGCCCAUCAUGGUUGGGAUCAGGGGUGAAGGGAGGUGGAAACUGGCUCCCAGCACUCCCUACCCUAAAGGCCUGUUGACAUUAAAAUGCUGUGUCUAAGA